UCGCCCACACGGUACGAGCACGAGCACCAGCCGAGGCUUCCUCGCAGUGGUUCCGCAGUCAGGAAGUGAAAGUAUACGCAUGGAGGGUGUGUCUUUCCCUUCCUGACUAUGUUUAAUUUUUAAUAACACGGGCCUCCUUGGAUACAUUAAUGGGCGACUCGGCGAGGACCAAGCGGCGGGAGCAGCUAAAGCGCUGGGCGGGUUCCUGCACCGACAAAACGUCGGCCUUGCCCCGGCGGAGAUGGCGAGGCGACGCCGUAGAAAGAGGAACCGAGGAGCCGCAGGCCGAGCUGCGGCGGCCGCCAAGUGAGGAACCCGUUUCGAAGGGCGACGAAAGCAGCCCGCUCCUCAAGAGACGAAAAAGGGUGAGGUUUGACAGAGCUGCAGAGUUUCUGGCUGCGUGUGCCAGCGGGGACACAGAGGAGGCCCAAGUGAUGCUCCAAGAAGCCAAGGAGAUGAUGAGCAACAACAAGGAGGACGGGACAGAAAUUAUUAACUGCUCCAAUGCUGACGGAAUAACUGCAUUACAUCAGGCCUGCAUUGAUGGUAGCAUGGAGAUGGUCUCUUUUCUUCUGGAGCAUGGUGCCAAUGUGAACCAGGUUGACAGUGAGGGCUGGACAGCCCUGCACGUAGCUGCUUCCUGCGGCUACCGCGACAUAGCAGAUUUCCUUUUGCGGCGUGGUGCUUCUCUCUCUGCUGUCAACUGUGAUGGUGAUGUUCCUGUGGACAUCGCUCUGGAUGAAACCACUGAGGCUCUUCUCCAGGAAUACACUCUGAGACAAGGUGUUGACUUGGAGGCAGUAAAGCGUGUAGAGGAGGAGCAUAUCACGACAGAUGCUCGGACCUGGCUGAGUGAGGGACCACCUGCUGACGUACGACAUCCCAGGACUGGAGCCACUCCUCUACACGUGGCUGCGGCCAAAGGCUACGUGGAAGCUCUCAAGCUACUGUGUCAGUGUGGGCUGGAUGUGUCUGCUAUGGACUUAGACGGGUGGACUCCUCUUCAUGCUGCUGCACACUGGGGUCAGGGGGAGGCCUGUCACAUUUUAGCUGAACAGAUGUGCAAUAUGGAAGCCCGCAGCAGCGCCGGUCAGACGCCUUUGGAUGUUGCAGAUGAAAGUGUGGAGGAGCUCCUGGAGGAUUUAGCUCAGAAACAAGCCAAUUGGCGUAACGAGCAGUCCAUACGAGAACGGCAAAACCAACAAGGUGCUACCGCUGUAAAUGCACAAAAUAAAAAACGGAGGAGCUCAGUGUGCAGGAUGAGCAGUAAAGACAAGCUUAACUUGCAGGACCAGUCUAAAGAGAGGGGUGUCUCGGGAGGCCUGGAGCUGAGCGAGGACAAGGAGAGCAGUCCCGAGAGUUCCACUGUGUCCAGUCCAGACACAGAGAGUGGGAUCACAUCUGCAGCCAGUCCAGUUGACAAGAAAUCAGACGAGAGAGGUGGGGAGGAAGAUAAGGAACAGGACAAGAGUGUUCGCACUGCCAGAGUUCAGCCCACCCCUCAUACAAGGGACAAUACGUCUGAGAGUCCCAACACACCUACUACUGAGCGGCGCAAGUUUCAGGCACCAGUCAGAGAUGAGGAGUCUGAGUCUCAGAGGAAAGCUCGCUCUCGACUCUUGCGCCAGUCCCGCCGCUCGACUCAGGGUGUGACUCUAACAGACCUAAAGGAAGCUGAGAAGACUGUCUCUAAAGCUGCUGAUCCCCUGCCUCGUAACAUUCAGCCUGUCAGCCCCAUCAUCUCUUUCACACCUGCUGAGAGGGAUACAGAUCCAGUAAAACAGGAAGAGCCCGAGGGAGACAAGCGUCUGGGAGUGAAGGACAGGAGGCGAGCGAGGAAAGAGAGGCGCUCCACCGGCAUCAUUCAGCCGGGCGGGGAGAAUGACGACGAGGAUUUGGAUGAUCCAAUCAAUAGCAACGCCUCCACUGCGAUCGGGUUAGGGAAUGCUGACUAUAGGAUGCUCUACUUCCAGGUACUGCAGCAGAACCUGGCACUGAAGGACAAACUGCAGGAGAUGGAGCUGCUGCUGAGCCAAAAUAAAGUGGACUUGGAGAGACUCAGACAGAAUCAAGAUAGCAGCACAGAGAGACCUGCCCUGUUGGAGCUGGAGAGAUUUGAGAAGUUGGCCCUCCAGAGGAGAGCAGUGGAACUGGAAGAAGACUUGAAGGUUCUGGGAGACCUGAAAGCAGACAACCAGAGGCUGAAGGAUGAGAAUGCUGCCCUCAUUCGAGUCAUCAGCAAACUCUCCAGAUGAAUCCUAAAAAAACCCUAAUCCUAAAAAACAAAACAAACAAAAAAUACCUUAAUGUAUUACAGGGAGUUGACUCACAUCUAUGUCAAACACAUCCAAGGGUAACUGAACAGAAUUUCAGGGCUAUUGCAGAAUCACUGUAUGACAAGCUGAAGUGCACCUUCUGUGGACUGGGGUGUGCUCCUGUUCACAUCCUCUUGUAUUCUGUUAUGUGGUUGUUGUUUUUAACUGGAACAUUUUAAAUACUUCGGUCCAUUUUUGUAUAAACGUUGUGUUGAGAGACUAAAAGCCAUGCUGAAUAAUAUUUUUGACAUUUAGAAUGGGUGAAGAGAAGUACUGCUGUUGGUGAUUAGGAAAAGAACAAAUGGAAAUGUGCCAAAUCCUGCCCAAAUUUGAAUGAAUGUUGAGUGGCCCGUGUUGUUCCUCAGAAUGGACCAAAUGUGUAAAUGUUUAGCUCAGUGUGUGUCUAUAAAUGGUGUACAGGCAAGAACAUUGGCAUUUGACAUCAUUGUCAUUUCAUAUUGAGUUGGAGGCUUCUGAAAACAACUUGGAAGCUAAGGACAACAGUCACCUUGUGAUGGAUUUCUACUGUUCAGUAGACAAGGCCAGAUGCAAGGCCUUCUACUGUUUACUGUACUGUCAUUUAAAGAAACAUUUCAUGUAAUACUGUGCCUUUCUGUGUUUUAUGACAUAAUAUUGUCAAUGAUUCUGGCUUCUGUUGGUGCAAAUAAGUUCAUGAAAAACUGUGCCCCCCCCCCCCAAAAAAAACCAAGUCUUUCUUG